CGACUUUCAUCCAUGUCAUGUGUGCCUACAUGGCCCCCAUCAGUCAUUCAUUCAAUGUGUGCGCUUUUGAUCCACCACGUCGAGUAGCGGUGCGACAGAUCGGUCACUCAUGAUGAGAGUGUCGACAGGACACCGACCGACACAGAUGAAUGGAAAACUCGACAGACAGCUCAAAGCCGACAGACAGACCAGACGAAGACAGGAAGGCCCAAACCACAUCGCACAACCAACUCGGUGCGCUGGCCCUCGAUGGAGCGAACCAAGUGCGUUGCCUGACGCGCCUGAAGCCUUCUUGUGUUCCUAGCUGGAUGAGAGAAACGCAGUUACAUCCAUGUCAAACUGCAUGAAAGGGGGAUCUCUACAGGUCAGGUGCGGCAAGGCAGGCAGUGUGUGUAAAACAUCACUCAGUCGUUCCAUGCAGUCAGUCGCUGUGAGUCGUUGUGAGCCAGCUGGCUGCAGCGACCAAUCGACCAAUCGAUCAGUCGGCUCUCCCAUUGCCUGCCCCUUCAUCCAUCAUUCGUCCUCCUCCUCGUCCUGCUGCUGCUGCGCCCUUUUCUUCUUUUUCUUCUUGGGCCGCUCCUCCGCCACCUCACCCUCUGCACACACCAGGCACACACACACGAGAUGAGGCCAUCCAUCCAUCCAUCCACCACACACAAGAUGAUACACAGCGGCGUACCUUCUGCCCCCUCUUCAGUCUUCAUGCCCUCCCCCCCGUCCUCCAUGUCUCCCGCUGCAGCAGCAGCGGCAGGGCCGCCCGACAUGGCCUUCCUUUUCUUGAUCUUCUUGGGGGCGGGCACCUGAUCGAUCGCCGGAAGCGGACACACACGCGUGUGAGUGGAGUGGCUGUCAGUGGUGUUGACUGGGUGGGUGGGUGGCUGGCUGACCUCGUCUUGCUGCAUCAUCAUGUCCUCGUCGGGCUCCUCCUCCUUGACGCGGGAGGGGGCCGACUUCUGCUGCACCUUCACCUGGUCAGCCGACGUGUCGUAGCCCUUCAGACCACUGAAUGCGCACACACACAGACACGCAGUGGUGCUGCCGCCCGCCACCUCCCGUCUGUGCAUCGUGUGUGAGUACCCUGCUCGCAUGGGCGUGUAUUUCUUGCCGCUCGGGGGGGCGAACUUGCCCAUGCCUAUUGAUUGCAGCCAGCACAUGAAGGACAGACAGAUGAGUACAGUGCAGUGGCACUGCGUGUCACACAGGUGGGUGGGUGGCUUGGCUUGGCUUGGCUAGGGGGCGGCGCACCUUUGGUGGCAUCACUCUCGAGUUCCAUGAGGCGCUUCUCGACGUACUUUUUGUUCUCAAUGCCCACAGUCGGCUCAGUCUGACACAUAACGCAGCACACCACGGCAGGUGAGCAGGGCAUGGAUACGUGACGUGAGCGGUGUCAUGUCGUCCCUCACUCACCUGAUCUCCCAGUGCGUCGACUCGUAUGGCCAGCGACAGCUUGGCAGCCAACACACGAGAUAUCUUCCCUGCACACAUCAUCACACAACACGACACAACACAACAGACGCACUCUUUUUCCGUCUUUGCCGCGAUGCCUCCCUCCCUGUCUGUCAAUCGACCCGGCGCACCCUUGAACUUUGGCGCCGACUGUCCCACGAGAGCCGCAUGAUAGAUGAGGCCGUACUUGGGGGUGGCCUUCUUGGUCUUGAGCGCCCGGAACAACGCCUUCUCAGCACCUACACACGCAUUAUACGCACAGAGUGUUCCUUCCGUGUGGUCAGCAUGCUCGUUCGUCUCCUUUGCUCCCACACACACGUAGGUACCUACCGAGAAUCUGUACGGUGGACGACGGGUGUUUGGCGAGGUUGAUGAGGCUGCCGGCGUGUGCGAUAAGUCGCGCCCCCACCAGCUCGCCCACCAUGUGCGUUAGGUUGGGCGCGAUGGCGCUCAUCCGGUACUCAAGGUACUUGGCCAACGACCCCCUGCGCACCGCGCACACAAAACAGAUGCAUGACGUGGCACGCACGACAAUGACCCCACCGACCUGUAUUCGCUGAGUUCGAUGACCCUGUCGCAGAGUUCGAGGAUGUUCUGGAGGUCCUCGUCGGUGAUUUCCGUCCCCAUCGAUAUCUCGGCCGCCUGCGCCACCUCCUUGGAUAUCUCCUCAGUCAGCAAAUCGCUCAAGUCGAUGUCCUUGGAGUGCGAACGCAUCCCUACCAUGGCCAUAUGUGCACAGCACACGCAAGGCAAGAGACAGUGUGGGCGGGGCGUGGGGGAGCAGAUCCAUGGGGCUGUGGAUGGAUGUGUGUGUGAAUGGGAUGCCCCCUCACCGAGUUCUUUGAUGGUUUUGGCGUAGGUGACGUUGUCAGUGACGAUCUUGGCGAGCUCGGGGAAGUGCCACCCGUACCACUCCCUGCUCGGACACACACAGGGAAGGGACAGACUCCGUCCGUGCAGCUUGCAUGUAGGUGCCUGUGUGUACGCCAUGCCUACUUGAGCCUCAUAGCGAAGUUGUUGAGCUCGCGGUCCAAGUCAUCCAGCAAUCCUGAUUUGCACACACACACACACACCACACCAACAAGAGUCCUCGCACUUGUGUGAGUGACAUGUGGUGGGUGGCGUGUGUCGUUUGCCUCGCUGCGUCCCUCCCUACCGAUGGCCUGCACGAUCAUGGUGUCGACCUUCUCGGGGCUGAACUUGAGCUUGAACCGAUUCAACGUGUGCGACAAACCCAACGCCAUCGUGCGCAUGUCUGACGGAGGACGGAGGAUGCCAUGCCGACGGACAGAUCAUGCGAUCGAUGAUGCACACACGAGCCACAGAAGGACCGUUCUUUGUCCAUCCAUCCAGAUGGAUUGAGGGCGGGCCGGUGCUGUGCUGGUGUACCAGGUACCUUUCUCUGAGAUGUCGGCGAUGAGUUCGGUGAGUUGGCUUCGGAUGCCGCGGAUGACCUCCUGCACCCCGGGGUUGUACACCACGUCGAUCUCAAGCUUCUUCUGAAUCAAACCGCCCAACGUCUUGUCAGCAACUGCAGCCGGUGCAGCCAUCCAUAACAUCCAUCAUCAGCACACAUCCGUCGCAUCACACGAGGGAAUGAACACACUCGCGGCCAGUUGAGUGAGCGGCCGACCGGCGAGUUUGUCGGUGAGUUGCUGGUCGUUGAUGUUCUUCUUGAGGAACUUCCUGAGGCCCUUGUCGAGUUUGCUCUCCACCAAGGCCGUGGCGGCCGCCAAGGCGGCCUUGGUGUCCUUGAACCGAGAAAACGCCUCCAAACUCACUCUGACAGAUAGAUACGCCACAGAUAGAUAUGCAUACCCACCGAGGGAGAGAGACCAACAAGCGAGUCUGUUCAUGUGUGUGUGUGUCUGCAUUCAGUCGUGCAGUGUGUGCGUACGCGCUUUGAGCUUUAUCGGGUGUGGCGAACGCCUUGGCAACGGAGGUGGCGUCCAUCUCCUCCAGCCCACUCUUGAGCACCCGGAACAGCCCAUAGCCAGCGGCGGUCUCCACAAGCACCAACAUGACGAUCGAUGCGAUGCUCACCCGGAAGGAGGCAGAUGAGUCGGGUGAGUGAGUUCACUCAACAAACGCCCUCGAUCUUGGUGUGAUCCAUCACCAGCACAUCCUCGCAGACGCGCCACAGCCGCCAGAGAGGUGGAAAGGAUCACUCC